AGACAAUACCCUUUCCAUCUGGUAAAUAUUCAACAAAUGACAUUCGGUCCUUCUUUGAACACCAUUUUGGAGAGAUCUCAAAACACAACCCUGGACUAGAAUCUCAAUGGCCGGGAUCGGAUGUGAUCGAAGGGCUAGUAGAGAAGGCAGCAGGUUUAUUUAUUUGGGCUAGAACUGUCAUUCGAUUGAUCAGUCGUGGUGAGCCCAGAGGACAAUUGCGUCGAAUUAUGCAGGGACGGAAUACAGGAAACAUAUCCAAUCUAUACUCUCUCAUCUUGGACAUAUCAUUUGCCAAUCCGACCAAGGAGGAAAUCAAUGCUUUCCAAGCAAUUAUGGGUUCUAUAAUCCUAGCGAAGUCACCCUUGUCAGUCUCGACCUUGCAUCACCUCCUCUUGAUUGAAGAAUCCAUCAUAUUCUACAUCAUUAAUGGUCUGUACUCGGUCCUAGAGCCCAAGAAGACUCUGCGAAUUGCUCAUCAGUCAUUCGCUGACUUCUUGAUUGACGAGAAGGAAUGUCCUCCAACCUUUUAUAUCCAAAUCGAACAGCAAAAGGAGAAUCUUACUGUAGCGUGUCUAAAGACCAUGCAGAAAGAACUCCGAUUCAAUAUAUGCCAAAUUCAAUCAUCUUACCUCCGAAAUUCGGAUAUUCCGGGAAUCUCCAAAAUCAUCGAACGCAACAUCUCAUCUCACCUUUGCUACUCGUGCUGGUACUGGACUGAUCACCUCAUAUCAAGGGGACACGACUCGAAUAUAUGUGAAGAACUCCGAUGGUUCAUGAAUAACCAGUUCCUAUUCUGGCUGGAAGUUAUGAGUCUCACAGCCAUUUCAAUCUUAUAUAAAGAUUCGUACCCUCAAACACUCAAGAUCGCAUCGGGAGGACAAAACGACUGGCCUGCCAUUCGAUACUCUUUGACCGGACUCAAAAGUCCAGCCUCGUCUCUCGCAUUCUCUCCCGAUUGCAAGCGUAUAGCUUCGGGACACGAAGACGGUACGAUCCGUAUAUGGGGAGCCGAAAUGGGCGAUUUGAUCGCAGGUCCAUUCGAAGGACAUAUAUCGGAGAUAGCUUCUAUUAAAAUUUCACCAGAUAACAAGUUAGUACUCUCAAGAUCCUUAAAUGAUGGAAUCAUCCGAGUGUGGAAUAUCGAUACAGGCGAAUGUACUCAUAAUCGGUUUUUCGGAUAUUCAGAGUCGCUCAUGUCUCCCGCACUUUCGCCGGAUGGUAAACGCGUGGUUUCGGCCACCGGAGAUGAGGGAUUUCUUGUGUGGAGCGUCGAGACAGGUGAAGUUGUCUCAGGACCAUUUUCAAAAGAUAAAGAUAUGUGUUUAUCAGCUUCUUUCUCACCUGACGGUGGUCGAGUGGCACUAAGUUGUGGUGACACCGUACAGGUGUACGAGGUGGAGACAGGGGUGUUGGUAGCGGGGCCAUUCAAAGGACACACGGGUCCAAUUAUCCUUGUUGAAUAUUUACCAGAUGGAAAGG